AGUUGUGGACACACUAGCUAUCGCGCUUCAGGGCUCCCUGCUAUUGCGGCAUGCACCCACACACGUGGCAGAGGCUUUCUGUGUGUCUCGAUUGGGCGCUAAUGGUAUGGGCAGGCACAAUUUCGGUACUUUGGAUCUGACGCAUAGUGAGCUACAGGCCUUGGUGGACCGGGCAAUGCCUGUACCAGCGGAGCUCGAAUAUGACUCGAAGUUUUGA